CAUUUCUUUCACUGCUCGCGCUCUGCUGCCGCGAGACUGGAAACCAACACGAACGAAAGAGAGAGAGAGAGACACCUGAGGCACUGAAGAAGCCACUUACACAAAAAAACUCAAGCUCAGAAACAGAACAUCACAAGUUACCCGUCAAAUAAGAAAAUACAACUAUUAAAAAUGAUGAAUCAGAUCGAGCUUUCCGUCCCAUAUGAUAAUGGAUAUGAACCGGACGAGUACAUGAUGCAGGAGGAAGAAUGGGACCGGGAUUUACUAUUGGAUCCAGCAUGGGAAAAACAGCAACGGAAGACGUUCACUGCCUGGUGUAACUCUCACCUGAGGAAAGCUGGGACACAGAUUGAGAAUAUAGAGGAAGACUUCCGGAAUGGCCUCAAACUAAUGCUGCUGCUUGAAGUCAUCUCGGGUGAGAGGUUACCCAAGCCCGACAGAGGAAAGAUGCGUUUUCACAAGAUAGCCAAUGUCAACAAAGCCCUUGAUUUCAUCACCAGUAAAGGAGUGAAACUGGUUUCCAUUGGAGCUGAAGAAAUUGUGGAUGGAAAUGUGAAAAUGACUCUUGGAAUGAUUUGGACCAUCAUCCUUCGCUUUGCUAUUCAGGAUAUCUCUGUUGAAGAAACUUCGGCUAAAGAAGGGCUUCUUUUGUGGUGUCAGAGGAAGACUGCCCCUUACAGAAAUGUCAAUGUUCAAAACUUUCAUGUCAGCUGGAAGGAUGGCUUGGCGCUGUGCGCUCUCAUCCACAGGCACAGGCCUGACCUCAUUGACUACGCCAAACUCAACAAGGAUGAUCCACUGGGUAAUCUAAAUUUGGCAUUUGACAUUGCUGAAAAACAUCUGGACAUCCCCAAAAUGCUGGAUGCAGAGGACAUCCUGAGUACCCCUAAGCCUGAUGAGAGAGCUAUUAUGACAUAUGUGUCCUGCUUCUACCAUGCCUUUGCUGGAGCUGAACAGGUAUUGGGUUUUGCACGUGCUAGGUUGAGCACAUCAGCUAUCUUUCUAUCCAUCUCUACCUUUUGUUCUUACUGUGUUUCUCUCCCGCAGGCUGAAACUGCCGCUAACAGGAUCUGUAAGGUGCUGGGAGUCAAUCAGGAAAAUGAGAAGUUGAUGGAGGAUUAUGAAAGACUGGCUAGUGAGCUGUUAGAGUGGAUCAGACGUACCAUUCCUUGGCUGGAGAAUCGUGUGCCGGAGAAGACCAUGUCAGAGAUGCAGCGCAAGCUGGAGGAUUUUCGAGAUUACCGCAGGAUGCACAAACCUCCCAAAGUGCAGGAGAAGUGUCAGCUAGAGAUCAGUUUCAACACCCUGCAGACUAAACUCCGCAUCAGCAACAGGCCUGCAUUCAUGCCCUCUGAGGGAAAGAUGGUUUCGGACAUAGCGAGUGCGUGGCAGGGGCUGGAACAGGUAGAGAAGGGCUAUGAGGAAUGGCUGCUGACGGAGAUCCGAAGACUGGAAAGAUUGGACCAUCUAGCAGAGAAAUUCAGACAGAAAGCUACCAACCAUGAGACAUGGGCUGCAGGUAAGGAGGAGAUGCUGACUCGGAAGGACUACGAGUCAGCGUCUUUAAUGGAGGUCCGAGCUUUGCUGAGAAAACACGAGGCGUUUGAGAGUGACCUUUCAGCCCACCAGGACAGAGUCGAGCAGAUUGCUGCUAUUGCUCAGGAGCUCAAUGAGCUGGACUAUCAUGAUGUUGCAUCAGUGAAUCAAAGGUGUCAAAGUAUUUGUGACCUCUGGGACCAACUGGGUACACUGACUCAGAAACGCAGAGAGGCUUUGGAGAGGACAGAGAAACUUUUGGAGACGGUGGAGCAGUUGUUUUUGGAAUACACAAAGAGAUCUGCUCCCUUUAAUAACUGGAUGGAGGGAGCCAUGGAAGACUUACAAGAUAUGUUCAUAGUGCACACCACUGAAGAGGUCCAGACUUUGAUAGCUGCUCACGAGCAGUUUAAGGCCACACUCCCUGAGGCAGAUGGAGAAAGGCAGGCCAUCCUUGGCAUUCAGCAGGAAGUCCUCAAGAUCUUCCAAAAUUACGGCAUUCGAGGAGACCUCACCAACCCCUAUAGCACCAUAACUACAGAAGAGAUUGCCAUCAAGUGGGACAAGGUGAAGAAGCUGGUUCCCCAGCGUGACAGUGCACUGCAGGAGGAGUUAGCGCGACAGCAUGCUAACGAGAGGCUCAGACGCCAAUUUGCUGCCCAAGCCAACCUCAUCGGACCUUGGAUACAGGCCAGGAUGGAGGAAAUUGGUCGUUGUUCAAUGGCUGUGGGUGGGACUCUUGAGGAUCAGAUGACGCAGCUGAAGCAGUAUGAGCAUGUGAUCAUCAGCUAUAAACCCAACAUAGACAGACUGGAGGGAGAUCACCAACUCAUCCAGGAGUCGCUCAUCUUUGACAACAAACACACUAACUACACUAUGGAGCAUAUUCGUGUUGGCUGGGAGCUCCUUUUGACUACGAUCGCUCGCACUAUUAAUGAAAUUGAGACUCAAAUUCUGACACGUGAUGCAAAGGGCAUCAGCCAGGAGCAGAUGAAUGAGUUCCGAUCCUCUUUCAACCAUUUUGAUCGGAAGAAGAAUGGGGCGAUGGAUUCUGAUGACUUUAGGGCCUGUCUGAUCUCGAUGGGUUAUGAUCUGGGUGAGGUGGAGUUUGCUCGUAUCAUGAUGCUGGUUGAUUCAAAUGCUUCAGGCGUUGUGUCAUUCCAGUCUUUUAUUGACUUCAUGACAAGAGAGACAGCAGACACAGACACAGCUGAACAGGUCAUCGCUUCCUUCAGGAUCCUCGCUACAGACAAGCCAUAUAUUUUGGCAGAUGAGUUGAGACGAGAGCUUCCUCCAGACCAGGCAGAGUACUGUAUCAGCAGGAUGCCACCAUACGCCGGCCCCGGGGCCCUGCCUGGGGCCCUGGACUACACCGCCUUCUCCACUGCCCUCUACGGAGAGAGUGACCUUUAACUCUCUCAACAACUCUGACCUUUUACAAACCCAUCUCAGAUCAGCAGCCCCAAGCAAUGAAAACAUGGCAAAUAAACACUAUUUCAGUUCAGUAUUUUGCUAGAUGUUUGAUAUGAAAUGUUAUGAAAAGUCAAUACACAAGCAAUGCAGUCUGAAAAUGGAAAAAAUGCAAUUAAGAAGAUAAAAAAAAAAGUUGUGAAUUUUAGAUUCACUUUCUCAUAAAUUGUUUAAUCCAAGGCAUGAAUGUCUCAUUUCAUAUAGGUUGUUAUACUAAAGACAAAUUGCAAAGAUUUUGUCACUGGAAUUAAAUUAAAAUCAGAAUGAAAUACUUUUAAGUACAUUAUAGGCUUUAUGCAUUUUACUCUAAACCUUCCCAGUUGCACUUUUCCAGAGUGAAAUCUAUUUUGUGCAGUAGUGUUAAACUCACAGUAUAUAAGAUUUUGCACAUUUGAAUGAUCCUCAAAUGAGAUUCACCUAACCACUGUGCUUUUCUUAUUUUUGCUCUGGUACUUUAGUGUCCCUGGUUUAAAAAAAAACAAAAAACACCAUGAAUAGUAUCUCGCUUCAGAAAUCUAGCAGUGCCUUUGCUUCAGUUUGGUGAUUUGUGUCAAUCUACUGUACGCGCUACUACAGGGCUUGUUAAAAAAAAGAAAAUAAAUCAAAAAACAAAUUAUGACUGAAAUACCAAAUUUACAGUUGCGGGUAAAAGUAUGUGAAGUAUGUGGAAUGACAGACAAACACAGCCUGCUUAACACACAACAACUUUUUAUCUUGUCUGUAUUUAACAGCAUGCGAACCGUUCACAGUGAAGUGUGCGGAUCCCAAGCAUUCUUGAAUAGAGCGAAGUUUGUUUGAUCUUUGGUCAGUUUGUUAACCUAUCAAAUCAGUUUGAAUGUGAAAGAAGUGAUUCGGGAAUGUCUGCUGUUGAAUUAUAUGAACAAGAAAGCCAAAUGUGUGUUUAACAGUGACAUAAACGAAAUAAACCUUACUUAUGAAAAG